GGAGGUGGAGCCGCUUUAUCGAGAGCCUGACUGGAAAUUUCCCCCUCAGUUGCCGGCUCCGCCGCGGAGGAGACACUAGGGAGAAGUCACUCGUCCUUGUCACUUCGUGCUCUGUCCCGUCUGACCGACUGUCGUCAUGGCCAACUACAUCCACGUCCCGCCCGGUUCCCCAGAGGUGCCCAAGCUGGACAUCACCGUCAGCGAGCGGGAGGGGCCCGGCUACCGCCAGGGCGCCCUGCAGCUCCUGCGCCGCCUGCGGCCCCACUGGAGACCCGAGGAGGUGACGCUGCAGCUGUUCACAGAUGGAAUCACCAAUAAAUUAAUUGGCUGCUAUGUGGGUGAGAUAACAGACGACGUUGUUCUAGUUAGGAUCUAUGGAAAUAAGACAGAGCUCCUAGUAGAUCGAGAUGAGGAAGUGAAGAGUUUCCGUGUGUUGCAGGCCCAUGGCUGUGCACCUCAACUAUACUGUACUUUCAAUAAUGGCCUGUGCUAUGAGUUCAUGCAAGGAGAGGCACUGGAUCCAGAGCAUGUAUGCAAUCCAGAUAUUUUCAGACUCAUUGCCAGACAGCUUGCUAAAAUCCAUACUAUUCAUGCACACAAUGGGUGGAUUCCUAAAUCUAACCUGUGGCUGAAGAUGGGGAAAUACUUCUCUCUCAUUCCCACAGAAUUUGCAGAUGAGGAAGUAAAUAAAAGGUUUUUAAGUGACAUUCCAAGUCCUCAAGUUCUUCAGGAAGAGAUGACUUGGAUGAAGGAGAGACUGUCAAAUUUAGGAUCACCAGUGGUACUCUGUCACAAUGACCUGUUGUGUAAGAAUAUUAUUUACAACAAGAAACGAGGUGAUGUGCAGUUCAUAGACUAUGAAUACUCUGGAUACAACUACUUGGCUUAUGACAUUGGAAAUCACUUCAAUGAGUUUGCAGGAGUAAAUGAGGUAGACUACAGCCUUUACCCUAACAGAAAAUUACAGGAACAAUGGCUGAGAUCUUACCUUGAGGCCUACAAAGAAUACAAAGGAUUUGGCACAGAAGUCAGUGAAAAAGAAGUUGAAGUACUGUAUGUCCAAGUCAAUCAGUUUGCACUGGCUUCCCACUUCUUUUGGGGAUUGUGGGCUCUAAUUCAAGCCAAAUAUUCCACCAUUGACUUCGAUUUUCUAGGGUAUGCAAUUGUUCGGUUUAACCAGUAUUUCAAAAUGAAGCUGGAGGUCAUGACAUUGACUCUUCCUGAGUAAUGAGGAGGAAGAAACUUACCAAGUGGAUAGACAACCCCUGAAUCCUGAAUCUUUUCUGAGAACAGAUACUGGAAAAAAAAAAACCUAAACAUUUGCUGAAGUUCUGUAAUGCUCACUUGGUGGUUCUUGCUUUAUAAAUAAUGCCUCUAAACAGUCCUUCAAUGUUAAAUUUAAUAUGAAGAACAUACGUACUGCUGUUGAUAUCAGAUGGAUUAGAAACUUGCUAAAUCUAUGAGAAGUUGUAGAAAAGGCAAUUUAAUCCUUCUUUGUAAUUUAACAUAUGCUGUAUGUGAAUUAUUUAUUCUAAGUUUAACAUGGUAACAUGAUUCCAUUGCUGCUUCCAUCAGUUUCUGUAAAAGUUUGGUGCAGUUCCAAAGGAUUUGUUGAACAGCUUAUUUUAUUGAAGUUGCAUUAACUUAAAUUAAAGAAAACAUGGUCAGAGAAUAUUAACCUGUUAGAUGUACACAAGCAAAAAGAAGUGAUGAGAGACUCGUCAGAUCACCAGUGUGGUGUAACUAGGGAGAAAGGUUAGGACCAUCUUUCUUUUUGUUUUCAACAAGAAAAUGGUAGCUUUCUGUCUGAUGGCAUUUUUUCUUUUGUAACAGUCAACUGGCUUUCUGAAAUGAUAAAUAAUAUUUUGAGUUUUUCCUUCUUGAUGUGUUAAAACUGUAGAAACUUAAAGGUUCUGUGACCAUCAGAUUCUCUGAGGAUAUGAACUAUCCUGGUGUUAGAUGGACAACACACAAUCUCUUAAUUCCUGUGGGAAAGCUGCUUGUUCAUUAAGUGUACUUGUAAGGCAAAAACCCCCAUUAUUCCAAAUUCUAGUCUUUUUUUUGAAGACUGAUUCUAAAUUCAAACACUUUUCUGGUGUCUAUUUGAUGUGCUUCAGCAGUAUCUAGCAGAGUGGACUAUUGAACUGAAGAGGAGUGAACAGGUCCUGUUGCACUGGGGAGCAAGACGCUUAGGUUUACAGUUCAUCUAUCGUUGACAUCUCUCUGCUUUGUCAUCUUCUAACCUUGGGUUCUGGUCUUUAAUGCUUGGUCCUGUAGCUGAAAAUUGUCUUACCUUUUUUUUUCCUGUUGCAGCAAAUGACUUUUCAAAGUCUCUAGUUCGAAGGAUGAUAUGGAAAUGUACCUGACUUGAACGAUGGGGCUUUGAUCAUCACACCCAUUUUCUUAUUUCUUAAAGCUAUUAUACCAAGAAUGGUCUGGAGUAACAAAAUGUGAAUUUGAAAAGGAAAUGUUUACUUAAAACAAUGUAUAAGUUUGCAUGGAAAAGAGGCUUUACAUUUGAAAGGGGGUGGCGGGGGGUGGGAGGGGAAGAAAUCCACAACAGAAAGAAAAACAAACCAGUGUGGGGUUGGUUAAGCAUAUAUCCAACUCUGAUUAAACUCUGAGAAACUUUGCACUUUGGUCACAUAAGUGCCCACAUGUACAAAGUCUGUGUGUGUGCAUAUACACGGCAAACACAAACUUAGCUGAAGAGUAAAUAUUAGGGGGAGUCUGUUGUACAGACUCCAGCAAAGAUAUUUAUUCAGAAUUGCUUUAUGGUACACCAUGCACAGAGAUGUGUGUGUGCUUUACUACAAUAGCUUGGAUCAAUUCAGGACAAAGACAAUUUAUGUGAAUGAAAAAAAUGUCACCUGUAAAGACCAUUUUGAAUGGCAUUCUGUUCUUUUACAAAAGCAAGGUUUGCAAUUCCUUUUCUUUUCUCUUUUAUAUUCAUCUCUGGAGGUUUCUGGCUUUUUGGUUUCCUUCAGUCAAAACCUUAAUGCAAAUAGAAGAACUGGGAUUUUUAUUUUAAUUUUUUUUUUUUUUUUCUUUUUUCACUUCAGAUAAAUAAUGAUGUUU